UUGAAAAUCAUCAAGCAUCGAAAUCUGGUUAAAAGCUUGACAUCUUGCUCCGGCAUUGAUUUCAAAGGCAACGAUUUCAAAGCUCUAGUGUAUACAUUUAUGGAAAAUGGCAGUUUGGAAAUGUGGUUGCAUCCAGAGGGAAAUGGUUAUAGUCAAAGAAAGAAAUUAAACUUUUUCCAAAGACUAUGCAUUGCCAUUGAUGUGGCUUCUGCAUUGCAUUAUCUUCAUGACCAUUGUGGAAUGCAAAUCGUUCAUUGUGACUUGAAGCCGAGUAAUAUUCUUCUUGACAAUGACAUGACUGCUCAUGUUGGUGACUUUGGAUUAGCAAGGCUCAUUUCUGAAAGCACCAGCAAUCCUUCUCAACACCAAAAUUUCUCAACAGGGUUAAAGGGAACAAUUGGCUACAUGGCUCCAGAAUAUGGAGUAGGCAGCAAUGUGACAACUUACAGAGAUGUGUAUAGCUUUGGAAUACUUUUCUUACAGAUGUUCACAGGAAAGUGACCAACUCAUGAAGUUUUUAUAGAUGGCUUAGAUCUCCACAA